AGUCGGAUCUCCUCCGCUACCUCAUGCUUUUCAUCGAGGGCGGCGUUUACACCGAUAUAGAUACCGAGGCUCUGAAACCUAUCGACUUGUGGGUGCCAGAAAACUUCCGUGAUCAGGCCAGGGUCGUGAUUGGUAUCGAAUGGGACCAGCUGGAUGGUGGAUCGUGGGCAGAGAUACCACAUAGACUUCAAUUCUGCCAGUGGACCAUAGCUGCAGCUCCAGGCCACCCUCUAUUUAUGAAGAUGGCUUAUCACACCAUUGAUGCUUUAGAGGAGCUGGCUGCCAAACACAACACAUCAUUGGAUCGUCUCGACCUCACAAGCGUUGAAGUAAUGAUGUCGUCCGGCCCGUCGUCCUGGACUGACAUCGUUUUUGGACAGUUGAAGGAGAUAGACCCGACUGUGACGGAUGUGACAGACUUCUCCGGUAUGAAACCAACUGGGCCAAGGCUGUACGGUGACAUCCUGAUCCUCACCAUUGACGGCUUCGGUAUGGGGCAACCGCAUUCGGCUAGUACCAACGACGGUACGAUUCCGGACGCGGCGCUCUUAAAACACAAGUUCCGAGGCUCCUGGAGAGGUGGUGGCUAGAUCUCAAGCUGGCAGCGUAGCUAUUUGCAAAGGAGGUUGUUCAGAAUUAAGCCGUACGAUACUGCUGCACGCACUCAUGCGACGCCAUGGUCUAUGGUUGAGUGGUGUAGAAGACAUGCGGUUCACGUCUGAGCACGAGCCAUGGGUACCUAUAUUUAUAGUACUCGGCUACGCCCAGCUAGGUGCGCUAGACUUUGUAGGUGUGAAAUUGAGAAUAUAUAUUAUAGAACAGCGUUAAUCACAGAAGACAUCAAAGGGGCUAGAAUAUAUGAAAAGACUAAAAUCAUUACUUAUGC